UAAAAUUCACAAACGGUGGAAAAAUCAACUUCUUAAAUCAUUAAUUAAUACAUUUCAAUUUAUAAAUAUUGAAGUUCGAAAUAACUGGAAGUUAUAUUUUCCAUUGAAUGCUGAAACCAAAUCAGAAUAAUAAUAAUUGGGUAACUAAUUACCUUCAGCACCGGUUUGGUUACAAAGUCCAGUUGGAAUUAUGGCCGAGUCUUUGCGACCUUUUGUCUAUUGGGGACAAAAGAACGAUCAUGUUUCUUUGAAAGUCGAUUUAAGGGAUGUUUGUGAUGAAACUAUAGAAAUCACCGAUGAUUCUGUCAGUUUUAAUGCUAUCGGUCAAGGGGUUCGCGGUGAAAAUGUUUACUGCUUUAAUAUUGAUUUCUACCUCCCUGUGGAGUCAGAGAAAAGUUUUUACCGGAUCAGUGACCGUGCUGUUGAAUUUCGUUUCCAAAAAAGAGGAAUCGGUGAAGUUUGGCCUCGUCUAACCUACAAACCAGAAAAACAGCAAUGGUUAAAGAUUGAUUUUGAUAAAUUUGCUCUUGAAGAUGAUUCCGAUGAUAAACCAGAAUAUGAGCCCUCCAAAACAUCAAUAAUGAAGAAACUUGAAAGUGAUCUUAAACAAGUUGAAGUUAAAUCUUCAAUCAACUUUAAUUACCUGUUCCUGUAUAAUUUAUUCCAAUUCAUGGGCUAUUCUUAUAUUUGUGGCAUCAUGCAGUACCAUUACUACAGAUAUGGAGAAGAUUCAAAACUGAAUAUAUAUGAAACUUUAGGCAGUCAAUUAAUAACUGUACAACUCAUAAGCUUCUUAGAGAUUCUUCAUCCUCUGCUUGGAAUCGUGCGUACCAAUUUCUUUGCUGCACUGACUCAGGUUCUGGGAAGAAACUUCAUCUUGCUGUUAGUCUCUUGCAAUACUCAUUUGCAACAGGUUCCAUCAUUUUGGUACUUGGUCCUUGUAUGGAGUUUUUCAGAAGUGAUAAGGUACCCUUACUAUAUGUUGCAGUCAAUUAAGCGUGAAGCAGCUCUCAUUACUUGGUUACGGUAUUCAGCUUGGCUUGUGCUCUACCCAUUAGGAUUAUUUCUAGAAGGAACUAUAAUAUUAGCUGGAGCACCUAUGUAUGAAAUUUCUGGGAAAUUUACUUUGACACUGCCAAAUAAUUUAAAUUUUUCAUUUUACUUUCCUUGGUUUUUAAGAUUCUACUUAUUUUCAUUGAUUCCAGGUGCCUACAUGCUGCUUAAUUACAUGUACAAGCUGCGCAAGAACAAACUAGCAACAUUUUCCAUUGGCUUUAAAAAGAAGAAAUAGUUUCCCCUUUUAUUAAUAAUUCUAAAUCUUUAAAAAGAGGAAGUAACUAAAAUUUCUUGGUGAAAUCACAUAUCCAUUGAUUAAUGAUGCAUAGAAAAUGAUCACUGUUCAUGAAAAUUAUUUAUCAGUCAAACAGAUAUAGCUGCAGAUCACAUUUUUAAAAGAAAAUGAAAAGAUUCAGUAUGUGCUAAUUCUUAAGAAAAUUAAUUUAUG